CUCUGACUCAGUCAGUUGCCUGUGAACCGGCGCGAAGUACAGACGCGCCUUUGUGUUUCGUUUUCACCUGCCCAGGCGCACCCGGUGUUUGUGACCGUGACAUUUUGUGUGCCACCACUGUGAAUCCAACGCGACCACAAUGGUCGCCGGCGGCAAACAGAUGAACGUCCGCGUGACGACGAUGGACGCGGAGCUGGAGUUCGCGAUCCAGCAGACGACCACAGGCAAGCAGCUGUUCGACCAGGUGGUGAAGACUAUCGGCCUGCGCGAGGUCUGGUUCUUCGGUCUCCAGUACACCGACUCCAAGGGCGACCUCACCUGGAUAAAGCUCUACAAGAAGGUGAUGCAGCAGGACGUGAAGAAGGAGAACCCGCUGCAGUUCAAGUUCCGCGCCAAGUUCUACCCGGAGGACGUAGCCGACGAGCUCAUACAGGAGAUCACGCUCAAACUGUUCUACCUGCAGGUGAAGAAUGCGAUAUUAUCAGACGAGAUCUACUGCCCGCCGGAGACGUCAGUGCUGCUGGCCUCGUACGCGGUGCAAGCGCGCCACGGAGACCACAACCCCGCGCUGCACGGCGCCGGCUUCCUCGCCAACGACCGGCUGCUGCCUCAGCGCGUCACCGACCAGCACAAGAUGUCCCGCGAAGAGUGGGAGCAGAGCAUCACCAACUGGUGGCAGGAGCACCGCGGGAUGCUGCGCGAGGACGCCAUGAUGGAGUACCUCAAGAUCGCGCAGGACCUCGAGAUGUACGGCGUCAACUACUUCGAGAUCCGCAACAAGAAGAACACCGAGCUGUGGCUGGGCGUCGACGCGCUCGGACUCAACAUAUACGAGAAGGAUGACAAGCUGACACCUAAGAUCGGUUUCCCGUGGUCGGAGAUCCGCAACAUCUCGUUCAACGACCGCAAGUUCAUAAUAAAGCCGAUCGACAAGAAGGCGCCGGACUUCGUGUUCUUCGCGCCGCGCGUCCGCGUCAACAAGCGCAUCCUGGCGCUGUGCAUGGGCAACCACGAGCUGUACAUGCGUCGUCGCAAGCCCGACACCAUCGACGUGCAGCAGAUGAAGGCGCAGGCGCGCGAGGAGAAGCUCGCCAAGCAGGCCCAGCGCGAGAAGCUGCAGCUCGAGAUCGCCGCCCGCGAGCGCGCAGAGAAGAAGCAGCAGGAGUACGAGGACCGUCUGCGCCAGAUGCAGGAGGAGGUCGAGCGCUCCCAGGCCAACCUCCUGGAGGCGCAGGACAUGAUCAGACGGCUGGAGGAGCAGCUGCGGCAGCUGCAGGCCGCCAAGGAGGAGCUGGAGCAGCGCCAGAACGAGCUGCAAGCUAUGAUGCAGCGCCUCGAGGAGACCAAGAACAUGGAAGCCGCGGAGCGACAGAAGCUCGAGGAGGAGAUCCAGGCGAAGCAGGAGGAGGUGUCGCGCAUCCAGCAGGAGGUGGAGCAGAAGGACAGCGAGACGCGCCGGCUGCAGGAGGAGGUGGAGGAGGCGCGCCGGCAGCAGGACGCCGCCGCCGCGCUGCUGGCCGCCGCCGCUACGCCGCAGCACCACCAUCUCAGCGAGCGCACGGAGCGCGACGCGGAGCGCGAGGACGGUGCCGCCGACGGCGAGCCCGACGCGGAGGGCUCCGACGGCGGCUCCGAGUCCGGCGGCGGCGAGCUGGCGCGCGGCCCCGACGACCUCGUCGACCCGCUCGACGCGCGCCGCACCCUCGCCGAGCGCAGCGAGCGCCUGCACAACCAGCUCAAGGCCUUGAAACAAGACUUGGCGCAGUCACGCGACGAGACGAAAGAGACGGCUAUGGACAAGAUCCACCGCGAGAACGUGCGCCAGGGCCGCGACAAGUACAAGACGUUGCGUGAGAUCCGCAAGGGCAACACCAAGCGCCGCGUCGAUCAGUUCGAGAACAUGUAGGCCCCGCCCUCGGCCGCGCCCACAGCGCCCGCAGCGCCCCGCCCGCUCCGCCGCGCGCCCACACCGCCCACAGCGCCCACACCUACACGCCAACACUACUCUGUAUUACUUUGUAAGAUAUAUACGUCACAACCGAAAUGUUAUUCCGUCGCAGUAGGAUAUAUUGUAGCGUAACGCAUCAAGCCGAUAUUGUAGCGGCCGAGUCGCCGCCACCGCCUGCGGAUACAUCGCGAGCCGCUCCGACAGUCUGUCACACUGUUUGUGCAUUUGUAAGUUUGAAAUGAAUCAGUUUACACACAGUAAAGCUCACGGCUGACUGCGAUGUGUCCAGGGCGCGGGGCGCACCGUCCAUAACUCCGCGAGAAAUUAGACCUCAUUACAUAGUGCGAAAGCUCAAAUUAGGUGUCGGAGCAGCCGGAGCCGGCGGCCGGCGCUAGUCGGGUCUAAGUGUAAAUAUUGCUUAUUACAUAUUAGUAAUUUUAUUUUAGAAUAUAAUGUGCUAUAACCGAAUAGUCGAGGAGCGUGGCGCGACCCGCCACUGCACACACCUUUGUUUUUAUUAUUAAUUAUAAGUAUUUUGGAUUUUAAUCGAUAACUACUUUAUAUAUCGUGCGCCGAAUGUCAAACAAACACCAAUAUAUUUGAGGAUACUUAAAUUUAUUGAGAGUCUUGCUCAAAGGACGUCCGAAGUGUUUUUGAGCGUGGGGGUGAGAGGGAGGGGGGCGUCCCCCUUAUUUAUUUUUAUAAUCAUUUAUAUCGUAGAUGUAGGUCGAAUAGAGCUUCAAGUGUAAUUACGCCGGUCCGUUCCCGCGGCGCUCCAGCGCGUGGUAGCUCGCAGGCGCCUCACCACACACCCGACACUAACUCUGCCAGAUGUUUUAUUGUAUGCUUUAUACGAUGUGUAUAAUGUUAUUUUGUAAGUGACUUUUGAAGGCAUUCCAUAUGUUACAAUGCGGUCGCGUGUUCACUUGAUUGGGUGACAAAUAGUUGCAAUAAUUAGUACGAGUCGUUUGUAAUGUGAGUGCCAUCGGCCGCGCCGCAGCCGUGUCGCAGCCGUGCCGCAGCCGCGCCGCCGCCGCACCGCCGCCGCGCGUUGCGACCUUUCCAAUCUUAUACUAUACCAUGUUGCCUUUCAAUCUAGGACGAAAUUUUUUUCAAAUAAAAAUGUUUAAGUAAAA